AUGGGCUCUCAGGGGAGGCUCUUUUGGGCUGUGCUGGGCUAUAUGAGCUGCUGUUGUCCCCCGAGGGUGGAGACGCAGUUCCCCCGUGUCUGUAUGACAGUGGAGGCUCUUCGGUUGAAGCGAUGCUGCCCAGCCUUGGGGCUGGAGCCAAGCAAUGUGUGCGGGAUGCUGCAGGGCAAGGGGCAGUGUCAGGCGGUACACGUGGAUGCUCAGCCCUGGAGUGGCCCCUACACCCUUCGAAAUGUGGACGACCGGGAACAAUGGCCCCUCAAGUUCUUCAAUCAGAGCUGUCAGUGCACAGGAAACUUUGCUGGCUAUAACUGUGGUGACUGCAAGUUUGGAUGGACUGGCCCUGACUGCAAUGAGAGGAAGCCACCAGUUGUCAGGAAGAAUAUCCAUUCCUUGACUGCAGAAGAGAGAGAGCAAUUCUUUGAUGCAUUACACCGUGCAAAGACUACCAUUCAUCCAGACUACGUAAUUGCAACUCAACACUGGAUGAGUCUGCUUGGUCCCACUGGAAUGGAACCACAAAUUGCAAACUGUAGUAUCUAUAACUACUUCGUCUGGCUUCAUUACUACUCAGUCAGAGACACGUUAUUAGGACCUGGCCGCCCUUUCACAGCUAUCGAUUUCUCGCAUCAAGGACCUGCCUUUGUUACUUGGCAUAGGUACCAUUUGCUGUUGCUGGAAAGAGAUCUACAGCGACUGACUGGCAAUGAGUCCUUUGCGUUGCCCUACUGGAAUUUUGCCACAGGUAAAAAUGAAUGUGACGUGUGUACGGAUCAGCUCUUCGGAGCAUCCUGGCCGGAUGACCCAAGCCUAAUCAGCCCAAACUCCAGAUUCUCCCUCUGGCAAAUAGUUUGUAAUAGUUUGGAUGAUUACAACCGCCUGGUCACGCUGUGCAAUGGCACGGAUGAAGGGCCGCUGCGGAGGGGGCCGCUGAGGACCUCCAGCCGGCAGCUGCCUACCUUGGAGGACAUCAGGAACUGCCUUUCCCUGCAGGAGUUUGACAGCCCGCCGUUUUUUCGGAAUUCCAGUUUCAGUUUCAGGAAUGCGCUGGAAGGGUUCAAUAAACCAGAUGGUACCUUAAACUCGUCGGUGCUGAGCCUUCAUAAUUUAGCUCUCUCUUUCCUGAAUGGGACCAGUGUUCUCUCUCACGCUGCUGCCAAUGAUCCCAUCUUUGUGGUUCUUCACUCCUUUACUGAUGCCAUCUUUGACGAAUGGAUGAAACGGUUUAGCCCACCUGACAAUGCCUGGCCUGAGGAGCUGGCCCCUAUCGGUCACAACAGACUGUAUAACAUGGUCCCUUUCUUCCCUCCUGUGACCAAUGACCAACUUUUUCUCACUGUGGAGCAGCUUGGCUACACCUAUGCCAUUGACCUGCCAGGUUCAUCUGAAGAAACUCAAGCCUGGGCUAUCAUAGUUGGAGCCACGCUUGCAGGAGCGCUUAUAGCUCUGGUCAUGCUAGUCCUGCUGCUUGUAUUUUUUCAACACCGAAGACAGAGAAAAGGUUUUGAACCACUGAUGAAUGUGAGCUUCACCCCAAAAAAGUACAUGGAAGAGGCCUAG